UUGUGUAAGUAAUCAUUGAGUGCCAGCUAAGUAAGGUAAUCUUGAUAUAAGGGGAUAUAAGGUUAUUUCAUAAUUUUGGACUUGUCAAUUCUAGCCCAUUGAAGCUCCGUAGUGUGUAGUUUUAACAACAGAUACAAUUGAUCAGAUCACAUUAACAAAAGAUAUUUCUGAGCCACCAGAUAAAACGUCUGGAAAAAUCCCUUUCAAACCUUGCAAAAGCAAGGCCGCUUAAAAUGUAUCACAACAUAUGAAACAUUUAUCAACAACCUUGAUGAUUGGAAAAUAAACAAAACAACAAAUAAAUACAAAACGAUCGAUCUAUUGACGUAUUUAAUAGCAGAAUAUGGAUACAUACAUAUUUUCCAUAAAACCUUUAGGAAGCAAGGCAGCUUGUGGCGGCCGCUACCACUCUAUCCAACUGCAACUCGUUCUUCGCAGGGAAGCCCCCGAAGGUUAUUCCGCUAAAAGGCUAUGAUUAAGAUUGUUGUAAUGAAUAGUUAAACGCAGCUGAGCCUUGUUUAGUUGGUACAAUGCGGAGCGCGAGUAGAGUCGCCCUGUUCGGAGCACUUUUGGUAACUCUUUGCUUGCUGCGAUCAGCAGGUGGGAGUGCCGGAGUCGACUUCAGGGCAAGCAAUUACUCCUUUCCAGAUGAUUUCAUUUUCGGAGUCUCGACGGCCGCAUUCCAAAUUGAAGGAGCAUGGAACGAAGGAGGCAAAGGCGAAAGCAUGUGGGACACUUAUCUCCACAAGAACCCACAGUUCACCCCGGAUAGGUCUAACGGAGACGUAGCAGCCGACUCCUAUCAUAAAUAUAUGGAAGACAUUCAGAUGAUCCAGAAGCUCGGGGUUAAAUACUACAGAAUGUCUAUUUCUUGGCCCAGGCUUCUCCCAAACGGCACCGAUAACAAUAUAAGUCGUGAAGGAGCAAUGUACUACCGAACUUUAUUUGAAGAACUUUUGAAGGUCAACAUUACUCCAAUAGUGACCCUCUUCCAUUGGGACAUGCCAACUGCUCUAAUGGACCUCGGAGGGUGGACCAACCCGAAGGUCAUGGAUUAUUUUGAGGAUUACGCAAGAGUAGCGUUUAACUUGUACGGUGAUAUCAUUAAGACGUGGACGACGCUGAAUGAACCGCAUCAACAUUGUUAUAAUGGCUACGGCCUUGAUUACUUCGUGCCAGCGCUCAUGUCACACGGUGUCGGCGAGUAUUUAUGUACUCACUACCUUCUACUGUCCCAUGCUCGGGUCUACCGGAUGUAUGAAAAAGAAUUUCGACCUUAUCAGAAAGGUAAAGUGGGAAUAACACUAGAUGCAUUCUGGGCUAAACCACGAGAUGCUAACAAGGCUGAGGAUGUUCUAGCUGCAAAUGCUUAUCUUCAUAUGCAUCUAGAUAUUUACGCGCAUCCAAUAUUCUCUGAUGUUGGCGACUAUCCUACUUUCGUUCGUGAACGGGUUAACAAUAUGAGCUUAGAACAAGGAUUCUCCCGUUCGCGUCUCCCAUAUUUCACAGAUGAAGAGAUACUUGCCAUCAAAGGCAGCGCAGAUUUCUUUGGUCUAAACCACUACACGACGUUCAUCAUGAGCCCAUCCUCCAUGGAGCCAAAAUGGAACGUGCCUUCGUUAGACCAUGAUACUGGUGUUAAAGUAGAUCAAAACUUAACCUGGCCGAGACCUGGGCCUGAAUGGUUGACGGUAUACCCACCAGGCUUCAGACAACUGCUCAACUACGUCCAAGACAACUAUAGAAUGUUGAGAGACAUACCUAUACUCAUCACAGAAAAUGGGAUGGCAGAUUUAGGUCAAACAGAAGACUAUGAACGAGUAGCAUACUUCAACGACUACCUCCACCAAGUCUUACUGGCUAUACAUGAGGACGGAGUCAACGUUAAAGGAUACUUCGCAUGGACUUUAAUGGACGAUUUCGAAUGGAGUGAUGGAUACACUUUCAAAUUCGGGCUGUACAAAGUGGAUUUCGACAGCCCAGAGAAAACUCGUACGCCAAAACUGUCGGCGAAGAACUAUGCCAACAUCGUGCGCACGCGCCGAAUCGACUUCAACUAUAUCAAGCCGCCGAUCAUAAGGCCAUUCCAGUUCAACUAUUUGUGAUAUUUUAGGAUUAACACGUUAUUUUAUUACAAUUGUUAUUUUUUUAAGUUAAUUUAUAAAACAAAAUACGAAAA